AUGGCUCAAAUUGUCACCUUUACUGUAGACGAAUUUAAGAAUGAUGUUUUACUUGUAGCUAAGCUUCAACACAUAAAUUUAGUGAGACUACUCGGUUUUUGCUUGGAAGGAGAAGAAAAGAUGCUCAUCUACAAGUUCGUGCCCAACAAAAGCCUCGACUAUUUCUUAUUUGGUUGGUUUAAGCAAGUAUUGCUCGAUUGGUCAAUACGUGACAAGAUUAUUAGAGGAAUAGUACGAAGAUUAGUUUAUCUUCAUGAAGAUUCUCGUCCUCGAAUCAUACAUCGUGAUCUCAAAGCAAGCAACAUUUCGUUAGAUAAAAAUAUGAACACAAAAAUUUCAGAUUUUGGCAUGGCUAGAAUAUUUGGUGAUGACCAAACUGAAGGAAGAACUGACAUAGUUGUUGGCACAUACAGCUACAUGUCCCCAGAAUAUGCAAUGCGUGGUCAAUUCUCAGUGAAGUCCGACGUAUUCAGUUUUGGUGUGCUACAUCUAAAGAUAAUAAGUGGAAAGAGAAAUAGAUCAUUUUAUCAAGAAGAUACAUUUGACGACCUUCUUACCCACGCUUGGAAGCUAUGGAAGGAUGGCAAAGCCAUGGAACUUGUAGAUCCAACUCUUAUUGGCGACUCAAAGUCACUAUCUGAAAUCAUGAGAUGUAUUAAUAUUGGAUUGUUAUGCGUUCAAAGUGAUGUCAAUGAAAGACCUACAACUGCCGGUAUAACUCAUAUUCUCAGUAUUGAUUCUGCUACUCUGCCAGAGCCAAAUCAGCCUGCAUCUUUUAAGGAUUAUACCAGAAUAGGAAAGAUGCAUCAACUUACAAGCAAAUUCAUUCUAUCGCCUGUUUUCCAAGAUCCAAUUACUGAAGUCUACCCAAGAUAGUAUACCCAAGAUCACCACAUAUAGAGAAUAUUCUCAACUCUUAAAUCAUCACGGCAAGUCUUUUGUAACAAUUUUUCACUUUCUGUUACGACUACGAAAAGUCUUAUUUCUUGUAGUACCACUUGUGACUCUCAAUUAUUACAUUGCCAGUCUAUUAAGGAGUUAAUUUAAGACUCUAAUUGUG